AUGUUAAGAUUCGUCUUCAGGCCAUUCAGCCUGUUGGCUCAAAAACGUCUGCUCUCUACAUCGAAAGCUGUCCUCAAUGCUGCAUUGGGCUCAAAAUCGUUUAUAGAUAGUAACGGCAAAUAUGCCGUGACGACGUAUAGCAGACCUACAAUUGUUCUGGAAAAGGGUAAAGGCCCUUAUCUAUGGGACCUUGAAGGUAAGAAGUACAUAGAUUUCUUUGCAGGAAUUGCCGUUACCGCUUUGGGUCAUUCCAACCCUGAAGUUGCAAAGAUUAUGUUUGAUCAGGCCAAAACGUUGGUUCAUAGCUCCAAUUUGUACCAUAAUCUAUGGACUCUUGAACUCAGUAAAUUACUGGUUGAAAAAACCAAGCAAUUUGGAGGUAUGUACAAUGCAUCCAAGGUGUUUCUUUGCAACUCGGGUACUGAAGCCAAUGAAGCUGCAUUGAAGUUUGCGAGAAAGUACGGUACUUCAAUCUCUUCUGAUAAAACUGAGUUCAUUACGUUUGAAAACUCUUUCCACGGUAGAACUUUCGGCUCUUUGGCAGUAACUCCUAACCCUAAAUACCAGAAGCCAUUUGCUCCAUUGGUUCCCGGUGUGUCUGUCGCUACGCCUGGAGAUAUAUCAUCGGUUGAAAGUUUGAUUAGUGACAAAACUUGUGGUGUCAUUAUCGAGCCUAUUCAAGGAGAAGGAGGUGUGCAUCCUCAGAGCACCGAGUUUUUGGUUGCUUUGAAGAAGUUGUGCCAGAAGCAUAAGGCCCUUUUAAUAUACGAUGAAAUUCAGUGUGGAUUGGGAAGAUCUGGUAAAUUAUGGGCUCAUUCCAGACUUCCAAAUGAGGGACAUCCAGAUAUUUUGACCAUGGCUAAGGCCUUGGGUAACGGUUAUCCUAUUGGAGCUACGAUGAUCACAGAAGAUAUUGAAUCCGUCUUGAAAGUUGGUGACCAUGGUACCACUUUUGGAGGGAAUCCAUUAGGAGCCAGAAUUGGUUGUUAUGUGUUGAGUCAGAUUGCUGACAAAGAGUUUCUAGAUAAUGUUGAAAAGAAGUCCGAGUUGUUUAAGGUCAAGUUGAACGAAUUGAAAGAGAAGUUUCCCCAGCAUAUAAAGGAAGUCAGGGGAGAAGGAUUGAUUUUAGGUGUUGAAUGUAAUGAAAAUCCAUCCCCAGUUGUGGAGAGAGCCAGACAGCUCGGAUUGUUGGUUAUAACAGCAGGUGGUAAUGUUAUCAGAAUCGUUCCUGCCUUGAAUAUCGAUGAUAACGUGAUAAUCGACGGCUUGAAGGUCCUCGAAAAGGCUAUGGAAGAGAUCUAUAGCAAUAAUUAG